AUAAAUGUAAAUAAUGAGUCCAACAUGAUAAAGUUAAAAACAAUUUUUUCAAGAAAUUAUUGCACUUCUUCAAUUAAAGAGGUACUAACAUUGAACACCAUUGGUCAAAAAGUGAAAACAAAGGGAUGGGUAAAAAAUGUUCGGAGCAUGAAAGAACAUUUAUUUGCUGAUAUUAAUGAUGGUUCAACCGGUGAAAAUUUGCAAAUUGUUUGUUCUAAAAGCGACAAAGAAAGAGUCGGUUUUGGUUCUUCAAUAGAAAUAAAAGGUGUUACUGGUUUGACACCAAAAGGAAAACUUGAAGUGAUCACAGAAGAACUUAAACUUAUUGGAAAAUGUCCUCUCGAUGGGAAAUAUCCAUAUGUGGCGAGACAAACAUUUGCUCCAGAAUAUAUUCGAGAAAAUCUCCAUUUUCGUUCACGUGUUAGCUCUUUUAAUGCAAUGAUCAGAUGUCGCCAUCAUCUCACCAACAUUAUAAAUAAUUACCUAUACAACAAUGGUUUUAUUCAAGUCAAUACUCCUAUAAUCACUGGAAAUGACUGUGAAGGAGCAGGUGAAAUUUUCAUGGUAAAGCCUGAAAGCGAAGAUCUUCUUAAAUCUAUGAAACGCAAUGAAAAUGAAAAGAGCGAAGACAUUUUUUUUGAUCACAAAGUUUUUCUUACGGUUAGUGGCCAGUUACAUCUUGAAUCGAUGGCUCAUGGCUUAUCAAAAGUUUACACAUUCGGUCCAACAUUUCGAGCUGAAAAUUCAAAAUCACCAAUUCAUUUAUCUGAAUUCUAUAUGUUGGAAUUAGAACAAAGUUUUGUUACAACAUUAGAUGACGUAAUUGAUACUCUAACGAAAAUGUUUAAAACCGUCACUAAUGAGUUUCUUGAAAAGUCAUCGAAUGAAGUUGUAAUAAUCAAUAAAUCAAACAAAGAGUUCAAGUUAGAAAGUCAUUUUGAUUGGGUGGAGAAAGAAUUUCCAGUGAUGACUUUUCAAGAAGCUUUUUCUCUCAUCGACAAAAACAAAGAUAAGUUUACAAAACCUCCGAACAUACUAGCUGGAAUAUCUAAAGAACAAGAACACUUUCUUGCGGAUUAUUGUCAAGGUCCAUGUUUUGUGAUUGACUGGCCAAAAGAUCAAAAGUCUUUUUACAUGCGCCAAAAGAAAGAAAAUCCAGAAAUUGUCGAGGCGUUUGAUUUCAUUGUUCCUAGAAUCGGAGAAGUCGCAGGAGGAAGUGUUCGUGAAGAUGAAUUUGAAACAUUAAGAGCUAAAAUACCAAAUGAAGAAGCUUUAAACUGGUAUUUGGAUUUACGUAAAUACGGCGGUGUAACUACAGGCGGAUUCGGAUUAGGAUUUGAAAGAUAUCUUCAAUUUCUUACAAACAUCACAAGCAUCAAAGAUGUUAUUCCUUUUCCACGAUGGCCUCACAAUUGUAGUAUGUAAUUAAAUGAAAUUUAGAAAAAGACGAGUUUUCAAUACAAAAAAUAAAACUAAUUUUUAAGAC